GGGGAGAGCUGUGAAGAUGGCGGCAGUCGUGGAGGUGGAGGUUGGAGGAGGUGCUGCCGGGGAACGGGAGCUGGAUGAGGUUGAUAUGUCACACCUCUCCCCAGAGGAGCAAUGGAGGGUCGAGCAUGCACGCAUGCAUGCCAAACACCGUGGCCACGAAGCCAUGCAUGCUGAAAUGGUCCUCAUCCUCAUCGCUACUUUGGUCGUGGCCCAGCUGCUCCUGGUGCAGUGGAAGCAGAGGCAUCCCCGCUCCUACAAUAUGGUGACCCUCUUUCAGAUGUGGGUUGUUCCCCUCUAUUUCACAGUGAAGCUGCACUGGUGGAGGUUCCUAGUGAUCUGGACCUUGUUCUCUGCUGUCACAGCCUUUGUCACCUUCCGAGCUACCCGAAAACCACUGGUACAGACAACCCCAAGGUUGGUUUAUAAGUGGUUCCUGCUGAUCUAUAAAAUCAGCUAUGCCACUGGCAUCGUUGGCUACAUGGCUGUCAUGUUUACCCUCUUUGGUCUUAACUUAUUAUUCAAGAUCAAACCAGAAGAUGCCAUGGACUUUGGCAUUUCUCUCCUCUUCUAUGGCCUCUACUAUGGCGUCCUUGAGCGGGACUUUGCAGAAAUGUGUGCAGACUACAUGGCAUCUACCAUAGGGUUCUACAGCGAAUCAGGCAUGCCUACCAAGCACCUGUCGGACAGCGUGUGCGCCGUGUGUGGGCAGCAGAUCUUUGUGGAUGUCAGUGAAGAGGGCAUCAUCGAGAACACGUACAGGCUGUCCUGCAAUCACGUAUUCCACGAGUUCUGCAUCCGCGGCUGGUGCAUUGUGGGGAAGAAGCAGACGUGUCCCUACUGCAAAGAGAAGGUAGACCUCAAGAGGAUGUUUAGCAACCCCUGGGAGAGGCCUCACGUCAUGUACGGGCAACUGCUGGACUGGCUUCGAUACUUGGUAGCCUGGCAGCCUGUCAUCAUUGGCCUGGUGCAAGGCAUCAACUACAUCCUGGGCCUGGAAUAGUCAGGCGGAAGAGCAUCCGCCCACCUUGGACCUCAGGGCUCUCUCUUCCUUGCCCUUCAAGACCUCCUGGGUGGGAAAGACUCAAAGGGGCACUUGGGCCACUCAGGACCCCUCCGGCUGUGUCCGGGCGGGGGAGGGCUACGACGGCAAGCUAGCCAGUGGGGCUGUCAGCAGUGGGGGCUUUUUAAAAGAAAACUAUUUUGAUGAAUAUAUUUAAAAACCUUUUUUAUUGUGGAGCAUAGGAAUUGCCCCAUCUCCUCCAGGCUUCGCCCUCCCUCCUUGAGCAAGGCAGGAGCAGAGCCACGACCUUUUUUGGUUUAAAGGAGCCUUGUCACCCCUGGCGGAGGGCCUCAGCCCACCCCCUUCCCUUUCCUCCCUCUGUGGGGCUCACGCGCGGUGCACUCAGUGUGGAAGAGCUCAGGCGGUCCGACGGGUGCCACAGUUGGGCGCUGAGGAGUGAGGUGUCGUCGCUCCUCCCCUGUCUGGGACACGGGAUGUUGUGUCUGUCUGUCUUCCCCUAUCCCGGAGCCAUGGGCUGGUUGAGGGAAGUGAACCCUGGGGCUUUUCCAGCAGGGGAAGCCUUGGGGCCUCAGAAUGUUUUGGGGAUUUGCUUGGGGGCAGCCAGAAGCAGCAGUGGUUAGCCCGGAAGUGGUGACAUGUGCCAAAGGCCACACGGCCACAUCACUUCCUUCCCUGAAAGCCUGAGUAAAAAUGUGUGCGUGCGUCUGUGUGGCACAGGGACUGUCAUCAGUGUUCCUUGAAGCUGGCAGGGGAUUCCCAGCCCAGGGAAUAGCCGUGCUUCAGCCUUGUCAUUCUCGGGUCCUGCCUGGGCCUGGUGGGUGGGGGAGGGGGAGGCCCAGGUGAGUGGCUUCUGAAAUGGGGUUCCAGGGAGGCCUCAGUCCUGGUCCUAAGAGUUCUGAAAGAAGUAGGGCAGACAUGGGCCUUCUGCACUGGGCUCCUGGGGCGUAUGGCCCAGCUGGGCUUGCCCCUUCAAGGGCAGCAAGAACCCAGCUGGAUCUUGUCACUCCAUUCUGAAUAAAGCUCCGUGAGCUGGGUUGGAAAGCUGAA